GUCACGUCGGACGUCACACUCGCGGAGGCGCCAGUUCUCUCGCUUGUAUGUCCUUCAGCGGGCGCCGUCCCCUCUUCUCCUCCCAUUGUUGAGUGGGCGGGGCCGACGGAAGCCGGGAAGGGCGCUUCUGUGUGCGCGUGAGGCAACUCUGGCAGUCUCGUCUGGCGUUUCUCCCCGCCCCGCAGUCAUGGCGGCGGAGCAAGAGGCCUUGAGGGGCGGCGGUGCCGUCAGUGGCCGGAACCGGGGCGGCGUCCAACGCGUCGAGGGCAAACUCCGCGCCAGUGUGGAGAAGGGGGACUACUAUGAGGCGCACCAGAUGUACCGGACGCUGUUCUUCAGGUACAUGUCACAAGGCAAACAUGUGGAAGCAAGAGAACUCAUGUAUUCAGGGGCCCUCUUGUUCUUCAGCCACAAUCAACAAAACAGUGCUGCCGAUCUGUCCAUGCUAGUUCUAGAGUCUCUGGAGAAAUCAGAUGCAAAAGUUACAGAUGAGCUAUUAGAGAACCUGGCCAAAGUGUUCAGCCUGAUGGAUCAAAAUUCACCCGAAAGAGUGGCCUUUGUGUCCAGGGUGCUGAAGUGGUCUAGUGGUGGAUCAGGAAAACUUGGGCAUCCAAAAUUACACCAGUUGCUAGCCAUCACUCUGUGGAAAGAGCAAAACUAUUGCGAAUCUCGGUAUCACUUCUUGCACUCUACAGACGGUGAAGGAUGUGCAAACAUGUUGGUAGAGUAUUCCUCAUCCAGGGGUUAUCGCAGUGAAGUGGACAUGUUUGUAGCUCAGGCGGUGUUACAAUUCCUGUGCUUGAAAAACAAAAGCAGUGCUUUAGUGGUUUUUACAACAUAUACACAGAAGCAUCCUUCCAUAGAAAGGGGCCCUCCCUUUGUACAACCAUUGCUCAACUUCAUUUGGUUCCUGCUGCUGGCAGUUGACGGAGGAAAGCUAACAGUAUUUACAGUAUUGUGUGAACAGUAUCAACCUUCAUUGAAGAGGGAUCCCAUGUAUAAUGAAUAUCUAGACAGAAUAGGACAGCUGUUCUUUGGUGUCCCACCCAAACAAACAUCAUCCUAUGGAGGACUAUUAGGCAAUCUUUUAAACAGUCUGAUGGUAGCUGGGGAGGACGAUGACACAGAAGAUGGUCAGGAAGACAGCAGCCCCAUUGAACUGGAUUGACACCUUCCAGAGCAGCUUGGAAUCUGACCAUGUGCUCACCGAAAAAAAGAAAAGACACUUUGAGAACGAGUCCUGCAGUCGAUUCUCAACAGGUCAAAGGGCACCUCUGCUCUGUUUAAAAGAAGGUUUCUGAGAUGUUCACAAUGUUUUGGUCUAUAUUAUUUAUGUAAAAAUGCAAUGGUAGCCAAGAGAAGUGAUUUGGUGCGAUCAUUAGUGGGCCUCUGAUAACGUUGCCUGGUGAUGGACUGAGAUGUAGCCUUCGCUGUGAUUCCAUAAGCAGUAUUCCCUCUUUUCACAGUCACACUAAAUAAAGCUGAAACAUGCAUUUGUUGCUUUAUACUUUUUUAAACCACAUUUUUAUUUCAAGUAAACUAAUAAAUUAAGUGCUUGACUGUCACCAAGGGGUCCCAUGAACUGUGGAGUUGUAAUUGCCGGGGAGGAUAAUUGGUAGACCCGAUGCCAAAAAGCAUUUCAAGAUGAGCCAAAGAAAUUUAAAAAACAACCCAAAGCAGAAAUAACCAAAUUCAUUUCCAUUGCAGAAAAUGAUACGAUUUGGAAACCCAGGACAAUUGUGAAUACUUUGUGUGCUGUGAAUUGAUCAUAUCUUCUUUGAGGUUUUGCCCCACUGUAAAAUAUGUAAUUUAACACCAGUGAAUCACUUGAAUACCGAAGGCUUAAUCAAAAUAGAACAUCUCUGAGUCCAGUGAUACUGUAUGUAAAUGUACCAUGGCUGAAAUACCUAUAAUUCCCUGGGAGAUGGUUUUCAUUCUGUGACCAUUCAGUGAUCUUGUUAUGGCUCAGGCCAAAACCCUAUUUUGGCAGAUAAAACAGAGCAUGUGAAUAUUUGAAACAGGGUGAUCCUUAAAGAAGGGGAUGCUGCAGACCUCUUUGUUCUUUCCUUGUUCAAUAUUUAUUUUUAUGGGAAUGAUUUAUGGAUUCAUUUUAACACUUUAUGUAAAAAAAAAAGAACAAAAUUUCAAGUUACUGCAAACCACGUGCUAGGCUUAAUAUAAUUCUUGUCUCCAUUAAUGCACAACACCAGAUGUUAGUGGUAUGACUAAAAGAUGAAAUGGGCAAAACACUUUAUUUUUUCACAUUUAAAAUAAAAAGGCUUAGAUUAAUACAGUGAUCAUGCAUGAGGGAGAAUAAUACAUUUUUAUUUACUGUAAAAAAAUUAAAAGGAUGAUUUUGUGUUAAUUGUUGAGUAUUAAAUAAAUACUUUAUACUGGGAUCUCUACUGCUGGUGCCUUUUGAACAUGGUUGUGGAUCAGCUAUUUUAUAGGCCUCUAGUGAGAGCCUUGAGCGAUGAUUUUGCAGGGUUUGCACUUAGUGCAGAAGCCAGACGGAUUCCUGUGGCUUGAGUAGUGCAGCUGCUCCUAUAGCAGGUAGUUUUUCAGAGCCUUUCAUUCAGUCAAUCCAAGGGUGUUUGCUUUUUUAUGCCUACCUGCAGUCUCACUCCCAUUUUCCUUGCUGGUUAAUAUCUUGCGUAUUACUUUUCAGCAGUCACCCUGCAUUUCAUUGUAUUCUAGAAUGGAUUUAGUUUUAAUAACUCAUAUUCUGCCUUCUCAUUAAAUCGGGCUCUUGUUCAUUGCAAACUGCUUUUCCAGUUCUAGGAUGCUCAAACUGAGGGUAAAUUUCCAGAAUAGUGUUUUGUUCUUCACACAGGCAAUCCCAACUCCACGUGAGAACUUGCAGAGGCAAGUGGAAUAUGGGAACUGGAGAAAUUCAUGUGAACUGUGGCUGCAACUAUUGCCAGCCCACAAAUGGCUUUCAUUAGAAGCAAGGUCUGUUGAAGAGGGGGCCUGCCCAGACAGGAGGGCACAUAAUAUGGAUUCUCAGGCUGGCUGCUUUGCACUUUUCUGACUUUGAUAUUGUUCCAUGUUGAACAACAGCCAUAGAAUUAGAGUUAUCUGGAUGAGCCCUUGAACCAGCCUUGCCCAACCUGGUGCCUUCCAGAUGAUGUAUUGUCACUGACCAUUGAUGGUGUUGCCUGAACUUGAUGGGCAGCAUUCUAACUCAACAACAUCUCAGGCGCCAUGUUGGGUUCAUAGUCAACACACUCUGUUCUUAGAUACAUUCUUGCUUCUAUGUACCACAAUCAUGCUCCAAAUUUAAAGGGGGGGGAACCAUCCUCUGGCUUUGAAUCUCCAGUCACAAACAUGUGCUUCAAACUCUGCUUCACCUGUCACCAUGAAUUAUAAAAGCGGGGGGGGGGGAGCAUUCUACACCUAAGGAAAAUAUAGGUGUGUGUUAAAGUACUGGUUUUCAAGCUUUCUAAUUCUAGGGAUCCCUUUUGCUUUUGCCUCUUCUGCUGAGGAGCCCCAUAAGGCCUGCCAUGGGUCCCCAGCUUUUGGCUGAGAAUUUUGCCAAGGCACAUUUUAGGGCACAUCCUCAGUUCAUACAGGGUACUAGCUAGGCCAGUUGGAGGCCACUGUUACCUUACUCUUAGAUCUAUAUAUAUGCCUGAGGGAGGGAGAGGUGGGACAGCAGAGCCCACUCCAUCAGCUUGGCUGGGACCAGCUGCCACAUAGUUCCUCCACUCCCUAUACUGUCUCUUUAGUGGCCAUUUUAACUGGUCAUUAAGUAAUUGGAAAGUUUUAGGUUCUUGAAUUGGCUUAUUUUCCUCUUCCCAUCCCUUUUUCCCCCUUACGUGUCAUGUCUCUUAGAUUGUAAGCCUGAGGGCAGGGCCUUUGCCACUUUUUAAAUGAAGGUACUUUAAUAAUAAUACAGUAAUGUGGCUGCAUAUUGCAGGGGAAGAUUAUUAGAGGUUGGCAAACUAUCUCAGUGGAAUUCGUCUGACACUGCUAUCUCAAUAAGGAAUUUCAGCCUUUGCUGGAACCACAAUCUUAAAUGAUACCGCUGUAUUUAAGGAUUCAGGAAUCUUUAUGAAGGUAACUUGGUAUAUGUGCCUGUACCAUAUGACCCACUCCUGAGAAUGAGCAGGUCCAUGCUGUGAAACAAAAACAUUUUGAUGAAAAGAUGCUCUUGUUGAUUCUGUACAUACUUUGCCUAAACAGCAAUCUGCAACCUAUUUAAAGAUUCUUCCGCUGAUUAAAAUUCACUUUUCCCCUCCUGUCUUUCUGACAUUUA